GUAUAUAUAUAUAUAUAUAUAUAUAUAUAUAAUAUACAAUGAUGAUCACAUGGUUACUAUGUGACUAAGAAUUUGUGGUCACUUACUCUUAAUUUUAAAAUUUGAGAUUAAAACACAUGAACUUCAUUCUUUUAAUCUCAACAUUUUGUAUUAAAUUAAAGAAUGAGUAAUCACAAAAUCUUGAGUCACGAAUGAUCAUGUGAACAUUACUCAUAUAAUACAAGUUGUAAGCUAAUGAUCCAUGAUGAGCUCGGUGUUUGUCAAAAUGAAGUUGGAGAAAGCCCACUAAAUAGAUGCCACUUAAUAAUUAAAAAUUAAACAGGAAAGAUAUACAGAUAAGUAGUUAUAAUUAGGAAUAGUGAAGGAUGGACUUUAGGUAAAGAUGAAGUUUUGUGGUUGGCUUAAUCAGCUAGUUUGUUCAUGACAGGAGAGCGCUAAUUAAGCUAGUAUAGAUAGCUUAAUGAGGUCGACAACACGAGGGAGCAGCCAUAAUGUCGUUUUCGAUGGUUUCACAUGUAAAAGACUCGGUACCCUCCAAAAGCCAUUGCCAAUGGAUUUCAUCUCCAAUGGACAUAUCCCAUAUAUACAUAUAAAUACAUAUAUAUAUUUGAGCAUUUCUUGUUCUUGUUGCUUAAGGAAUCAGUUAUGAAGAACUCAUCGGUGUUCAUGGUGGAUUCCGUUGAUGAAGACUGUGAUUAUCUGUUCAAGGCGGUUUUGAUCGGGGACUCUGGAGUUGGGAAAUCAAACUUGCUGUCUAGGUUUUCGAAAGGCGAAUUCCGGCUGGAUUCCAAGCCCACCAUCGGUGUCGAGUUCGCUUACCGGAAUAUCAAGGUUGGUGACAGACUCGUCAAGGCUCAAAUAUGGGACACUGCCGGCCAGGAAAGAUUCAGAGCGAUCACCAGUUCAUACUACCGUGGAGCGCUUGGUUCGAUACUAGUGUAUGACAUAACUCGGCGAAAAUCCUUUGAGAAUGUGGAGAAAUGGUUGCGUGAGCUCCGGGAGUAUGGUAAUUCGGAUAUGGUUAUUGUUCUUGUAGGAAACAAAUUGGAUUUGAGCCACUCGAGAGAGGUCACCGAGGAAGAAGGUAAAAAUUUUGCGGAGGCGGAAGGGAUAUGUUUCAUGGAAACUUCGGCUCUAGAGAAUGUGAAUGUUGACAGACUUUUUUUGGAUAUGAUUUCUAAGAUUCAUGAAAUAACGAGCCACAAGAGUUUGGACACCAAAAUGGAUGAUCAAACUAGUGCGAGUCUUCACGCUGCGAAAGAAAUCAUUCAUAUUGAUGAUGAUAAUGAAGUCACGGCUACUAAACAACAAUCUAGUUAUUGUUGCUCAAGAUAAUUUUGCUUAGUUCAUAACUUCAUAUGUACACUCCAUGGAGUGAGAAGGAGAGGGAGCUUGUAUAGAAUUGAAGAGUUUUGAUGUUGAUUUCUUUCGGGUUGGUUAUGCUCGGAUCCGAUUUAUUAAUCCAUAUUUUCCAUUUUUACUUCUUACUA